AUGUCGCACCAAUACCACCCUGACUUUGAACAGAUGGUCGCCGAGCGCGCCGCCGGCUUGCACCAGCAUAUCCUCGCCCUACCCGCUGACCAACAGGCCACCUUUCAGAGCGACCCAAAAGCUCUGCCUGCCGCCAUUGAGGCCUAUGCCCGCGAAAACCGCGUGCCCAUGCUCUUUGGACCGGCCAAGAUGGCCCAGGCCGCCGCUGCCUUGGCCGCCAUGCCCGUCCCGCCCCGCAUCCUCGUUGAGUUUGGCGCCUAUGUCGGCUACUCUGCCCUUCGCUGGGUGACACUUCUUGAAGAAGUCAACAAGGGCGGCGGGGAUGCCGACGUCCACGUCUAUACGUUCGAGCUCGACCCGGCCAAGGCCCAGAUCGCUCGCGAUUUUGCCAAAGCGGCCGGCCGGGCGUCCCAGAUUACCGUGCUUGAAGGCCCCGGCGAUGUGUCUCUCAGCAAACUCGUGACCGAUGGUGUCCUCCCGCCCGGUUCGGUCGACGUCGUCUUCAUCGACCACUGGGAGCCUCGCUACAAGCCCGACCUGCAGCUGUGCGAGUCGCUCGGUGUGCUGCGCGUCGGCUCGCUCAUCGUGGCCGACAACACCGACUACCCCGGUGCGCCCGACUAUGUGGCGUACGUCAAAAACGGUGGCAGCGGCGAGCCUGGCGCUAUCAAGUUUGAGACGACCUCAUACGACGCUGACACUGCGCCGGAGCCGCCACAGAAGCGAAUCGGCGGUAGGUUCGGCGGUCCUGGCAGGCCCGGUGGUGGUGGAUUUGGUGGUAGCCCGUCGAAAAUUGUAGAAGUCACAAAGGUGGUGUCUCUGGGAUCGUGA